AUGGUGGAUUUUCUUAAUCGUGUCUUGAAAAUAGGCCCUCCUCGAUCUCCCUUGGAAGAUAGGGACUCCAGGUUUGGAUGGAGGAACGAGAGCGGGAUAGGGGAAGAGAUCGAGACCGGGAGGAACCGUGGGAGACAGUUGCUUCCCGAAAAUCUCAACCUUCCAAAUCUCCUUUCUCCCUUUUUUACAGCAAACCUAACCUUUAAUACCACGGAAGAAGAUCUUCUCCGUAUUUUUGGUCGAUUUGGGAAAAUACGAGAUGUGUUCAUGUCAUGGAAUAGACAGCUUAAUCGACCCCGCGGAUUCGCCUUCAUCCGUUUCUGUUAUGAACAGGACGUGAUCCAGGCCAUCCAUUGUCUUCAUGAAAGAAGGAUCGACGGGAGGGUGGCUCAUAUUGCUUGGGUGAAAAAGAAAUUAGACAACCAGGUUGCAAUGCCAUCACCCUCUUACCCUGAAUACCAGACGAAAAAACCGCAAAUGGCUCAGUCGUUCCUGGAUGCCACUACCAGAUCUAAGCCAGUCGCAAAAACCGUGACAGAAGAGGUUUUGAGGGUCACUACCACCGCAGAUUCAAAAGCAGUGGAAAACCGGCUUCGAUGGCUGAAUCUUGCCAUGGUGGGGACAGCAGUGGAUCGGGAUGUCCGCCUUGAUCGACUAAUAGGAUCAUUAAAAAAUCCAAAUCUGAAGCUUUCUGAUACGGAGAUAAUAAGGAUAACUGCUACGAAAUUUCUGAUCCUAUUCAAAUCUGAAUCCGAGAUUGACGCUUUCAAGAGAAACGCUGCUUUACAAAAGGAAAUGGGGCUCCAAUCGAUAGAAAAAUGGUCUCCAGAGGAGGCGUUUACGAGGAUCAAAGUCAUUCCCCGUCCGGGAGUCUCUUUCAACCAGGUGCUGAGGUUAAGAGUAUUGGAGAAGGAGCAUCCCAUUAUUACGGAGAUGGAGUCUCUAUUCAAGUGUGGUUCCUCUUCAUCCAUCCAACAAUCAUCAAAUGAAAGCACCGAGCAUUGGGUACUCAGAAGGGUUCAUGGCAACACUGGACCCCCAUUAGUUGUUUAUGAAAAUGUUUCUAUAAGAGCAAAAGAUACUAGUAACAGAAUAUUGAGCAAGCAGUUAGGUGAUUGUAAUUACACUAAUAUAGGUGAUGGUGUCAAAGCAUAUUUGGGUACUGGUGGGGUUCUCUCUACCCCUGAGGACGUCAUGCCAGUCACGGUAUUUUGCGAGAAAGAAACUGUUGGGGGAAGAGACAUAACAGGUGUUUGCGAAAAUGUCACGCUAAAGAAAAAUGACAACAUUGGCGAUAUCGUUUAG